GUUACUACGGCAGGCCCGUGCAUGCACGGGAGCCCCAGCAUCUCUGCACAGUGGAGACUGGAGAGAUUGAGAAACUAAAAAACCUGGCUAAAGAAACCCUAGCUACCAUUUUCAAUUAACUCUCUCAUCUCUGCCACCCACUGUCAAGCGAGCCUUUCACCGUCGACAGCCAUGGGUAUCGAUUUGAAGGCAGGAGGCAAAAGCAAGAAGACGAAGCGCACAGCCCCAAAGUCCAAUGAUAUCUACCUCAAGCUUCUCGUCAAGCUGUACCGGUUCCUGGUGAGGAGGACUGGGAGCAGCUUCAAUCAAGUGGUAUUGAAGAGGCUGUUUAUGAGCAAGAUCAACAAGCCCCCACUCUCUCUGUCCAGGCUUAUCCGCUUCACCAAGGGAAAGGAGGACAAAAUUGCUGUUGUGGUGGGAACGAUCACUGAUGACAUUAGGACCUAUGAGGUUCCAGCUUUGAAGGUUACUGCUCUGAGGUUCACUGAAACUGCUAGGGCCAGAAUUGAGAAGGCUGGUGGGGAGUGCUUGACAUUCGAUCAGCUGGCUUUGAGAGCUCCUCUUGGCCAGAACACUGUUCUCCUCAGGGGUCCCAAGAAUGCUCGCGAGGCAGUGAAGCACUUUGGCCCAGCUCCUGGUGUGCCUCACAGCCAUAGCAAGCCUUAUGUUAGAUCGAAGGGAAGGAAGUUUGAGAAGGCUAGAGGAAGGAGAAACAGCAGGGGUUUCAGGGUCUAAUUUGUGGGGUGUUUUAGUCUCUCGAACAUGCAAACCUUUCGUGCUGUUUUCUUUAUAGUUCCAAAAUUUGCUAGAACCCUGGGAAUUAAUCAAACAUCUUUUUAUGCUUGCUGUUCAAUAGUUGGAAAUUUUGUUAUUAUUGUCUGCAAUGAACAACAAUGCUUAAUUUUGUCAACUUCGUCAUUACCAUUGCAAGAUUUAUCUUGCCUCUCUCUCUACACCCAUUUUAAGUAGAGAGAUGAACUACAUGCCUGUUAACCUUGCCGUUCAUCUUUUAUACUUCUUCCAUGUGUACUCUACUGAUGCAUAACCCUUCGUCAUUUUCCAUAUCUUGUCCGUCGUUCCCUUAACGAUAAUGGUAGAGUAAGCAAAAUCAACAUACUUCGAAACAGAAGUUGGAUAAUUCCCUUGCUAUGAAUUAUAAGGUCGAUAAUGUUUUUUAGGAAACCCAAAUCGGCCGGAUUUACGUGGUAUAGUGUUUAUGUUUAAUAUGUGGUUGUAUUUGUGAAACAAUUAUCUAUAUCACAAUUAUCCUUGAUAUAGAUUAGGAAUGGCGAUGAGGCAGACCUAAUCUACACCUAUUUAAAGUAGAAUGUGAAAACUUUUUGAGUAUUUCAAAUUUCAUGACUCGAGACGAGAGUGAUUCUAAAAAUGCCAUUUUCAUAAUUGUAUCUUAUUUUUUAUAGAUUAAAAUUACAUUAUUGUGAUUCGAACCCAGGUCACUCAAAUAUAGAAAGGGCUUCAUAACUAUGAACAAUCUAGACACCACAAACAUAUUUGGUCUUUGAUGCUUCAUAUUUAUAUUUUAUUUGAAGUUUAUUUAUAUCUUAUCGAAUGAGAAUAAUUUUGAACUCGGAACUCAAGUAACGAAUAUUACAUAUUGAAAUUUACAUGUAUUUUAUAUUUUAUUUGAAUUUAUUUAUAUCUCAUCGAAGGAGACUAAUUAUGAAAUUGGAACUCAAACAACAUUGAUUUGAAUAUCAAAUAUUUAAUUGUAUGUAUGGUUAAUUUAAACAAAAUACACAUGCAUAACCAUAACUUCAACGUUUACCAAUAUAGUCUUUUUUUACAAAUAACAAAUAUAGUCAUUUCAUCCAUGAAAUCGGUUAGCUUUGACAUCAUCGUCAACAAUGUUGACUAGAACGAAAUACACUAGCAUUUCAUUUUUUUGUUAACUUUCAAGUUAAUUUUGGCAUUUUUGUUCUAAUAAACUUAAAUAGAAAAUAAAAGACACAAAGGAAGGGAAAAAAAUAUUGUUCCUUCGCAAAAAAAAAAAAAGGGAAAAUUAAUAUGAACAAAUGAAUGAUCAUAUGACCUCUCCUUCUAACCUCUUGUCUAUCUUCGUUUUCCUGCUUCUUCAGCAUCUACCGUCGUUGAUCAAAAUCCUAACCGAUGUCGCCUCCCAUCUAGCAACACAUUUGAGUUCAAUAACAUAUGAUAACACUUCGUUCAUCACGUAAUGACGAAUACAAAAUAACUUGCUUCAUUAGAUGAUGAAAUCGACACAGAAAACCCCAAACACGAAACAAGUUGCACAAUUCCCCUUCACUAUAUAUUAGCAUCUCAGUAAAUAAUCCAUGAGAUGCUUCAAUCCUAAUAUUCUAAAAUUAUCUUAUCCCUUCUCCAAUAUUCAAUUUCUCAUUUUUUCUAUUACCAGAUUUUACUAGAACAAAUUCGUCCGCUUUCUAGAGGUUGACAUCUAAAUACCACGUUAUUUCAUAGAGAUAGAGCUAAUCGAAGGAAGGGAUGGACAAAGGGAUAGAGAGAUGAGGGCGUUCAUGAGGAAGUAGCACUAAACCGAACCCAUCCAAAUCCUAACUUUUGAUUGCAAAUCGUUAGACGAAUGCUCAAUUGAGACAAAAAAAAAAGGAAAUCUUUGAUGUCAACUCGAGUGGUUAAAUUUCAAAUGGUUUUAGCAUAAAAUCUCCAACAAUUGAUUGACAUGGAGGAACAAAGGAAAGUAGAAGGUGUCUAUGUCAUUUGGAAGACGGUUGGGGUGUUGAUUGAUUAGAUAGAGUGACAUUUUUGUCCAUCGAAUGAAAACAUAUAAAUGACAAUGUAGUUUUGUUGGAAUUAAGAACCUUUUGUGGAUUUUUAUUUAAGCGACGACAAUAGUGACUAUGAUGGAUGACGAAGAUAGGGGGCUUUAAGAGGAAGGAAAGAGCAAAAUAAAACUAAAACUUUUAUUAAUCUGAUGUGACCAACAUGUGGUAUGACAUGUCGAUUAUGAGCUGACAUGGAAGUUGAAGUGGUGUCCACCUCAACUUGUUAAUGUUUCUAACGAAACUUCUAAAGUCAUUAUCCAUUCUAGCAAAAAUGACUAGAUUUUUUUGCCGAAAGUCCUAAAUAUAGUUAUAUGGGUCAUUACUAAACAAUGACUACAUUGUGAGUAUAUAUUAGGUUCUUGAUAUGUUAGAUUUCCAAAAUCACUUCUAGUGAACUUUUCCAAUUUCAUGAUGCCAAAAAAUUAGGGGGGGACUUUCUUUAUGUUGGACAACAUAUUUUGUAUACAUUUUUAUAAUCUUCAAAUGGAAGAGUUAAAUAAAUCUCAUAGUUUUGGAUUUAUAUAUCAAACUAAACACUAAAAUCCAUGAUCCAAAUGCCCCAUAUAGUUCUUUUCUAUUUUUUUCUAAUUUUUAAAUAUCAUAUCUUUUCUAUUUUUUCCUAAAAUUAUAAUUUUUUUAGAAAAUUCAGUUGUAUAUGUGAGGCAUAGAGUGAUUAUCUCAUCAAAAGUCUAAAAACAUACGUUGAAUAUUUGAGAUUUUGACAUUAAUAAUAGCCUUGGAUUAUCAUCAUAUGUUACACAAGUUUUUAGAAACCAUAACUAUUUUUGGAGAUAUACAUUAUUUACUAAUGAAAUAAUAUUUAUAAUUUAUAAUUUCUUAAUUAUUACAUUUUUAUGAUUUCCAGCCAUACAAAUUGAAUCCAUUGUCUGAUGAAUUUUAUACUUCCAUAUACCAUUAGGCUAAUCCUUUGGGGUUUCUAGUUAUUACUUUAAUGCACAAUUUUCUUAGUUAUGUUUGAAUUUAAUAGGAAAAAAUUAAUAAUACUGAAUCUUAUGAAGAAAUAUCUAUGAUGAGGAUAAAAUUGGUGAAUAAAUAGGAAAUCAUCGA